GCAGCUUGGGAAACCCUAAUUACGCAGUGAGUAAAAAUGGCGGUGCCCUUGCUUUCGAAGAAGAUCGUGAAGAAGAGGGUCAAGAAGUUCAAGCGCCCUCAGAGUGAUCGCAAGAUCUCCGUCAAGCCAAGCUGGCGCAGACCCAAGGGUAUUGAUUCUCGUGUCAGGAGGAAGUUCAAGGGAUGCACUUUGAUGCCAAACAUUGGUUAUGGCUCAGACAAGAAAACACGCCAUUAUCUACCCAAUGGUUUUAAGAAAUUUGUUGUGCACAAUGUGAAAGACCUGGAACUUCUCAUGAUGCAUAACAGGACUUACUGUGCUGAGAUUGCUCACAAUGUAUCCACAAGGAAGAGGAAGGAUAUAGUUGAGCGAGCUGCUCAGCUUGAUGUUGUUGUGACCAACAAAACAGCCAGACUACGUAGCCAAGAGGAUGAAUAAAUCUGAAUGUCUGGGAAUGUCAUUUAUGUUUUGUAGUGAGCUUUGGUUGACACCCCUUGUGGUAGUUUUUGAUCGUUUUUGUUAUUUAUUUUGGCCAAAAUCUGUUUCUUGUUAUACAUUUAUUUUCUUGGUUAUUAUCUUUCCUUCACAAUGCUUUCUAUCUUAGUAUUGCUAUUAUCUUGGUUCUAGUUCACAGUUAUCGAUUUUGGAGGUUUAUUGUUUUU